AUGAGCACAGUGCAGGCAGUACUUAUCGUAGCCCUCUUUGGUUUUGCCGCCUGCGGCAGACUAGACAGUCAGUACCUUCCGCCAAACCAAGCAGCCAAUCAGUACCAAGGUGGUGCUCCAGGCGGAUACUCAGGCGGAGCAGGCGCUCCAAACGCCUACUCCGGUGGAGGUGGCGGUGGUGGACAGUUCCAGAAGAACGCCAACAACGACAUCCCCAUCCUCAGACUAGACAGCCAAAACGAAGGAGACGGUAACUACCAAUACGCUUUCGAAACGGGCAAUGGCAUCCAGGCUCAGCAACAAGGAAACGCCCAAGACGGUAGCCAAAUCCAGGGAUCAUACUCUUACACAUCCCCUGAAGGUGAACAGAUCCAGAUCAGCUACCAAGCUGACGGCAACGGCUACCAACCUCAAGGAUCUCACAUCCCCACUCCUCCCCCAAUUCCACAGGAAAUCCAAAAGGCAAUUGAACAAAAUUUGGCUGACGAAGCUAGAGGCGUAGUGGACGAUGGUCAAUACAAGCCAGAAUACGAUGGAGGUGCGGGUAGUGGAGGUCAGGGAGGUGCUGGAGGUUACCGUCAACAAGGUGGAUACCAACAAGGCGGUAACGGAUACCAAGGAGCUAACAGCAAUCAAUACAUCCCACCCAGCUCAGGACAGAGGCAAGGAGGUUACAAAUAUUAGGUUAAGAUAAUUGUUAUUAUUUAAGAAACGAAUAAAUGUGAUAAACCCAA